CCAUUUCAAUAGUCGCGGGAUACUUGAACUGCAAGAACAGCAGCCACUCCGGCGGGCUGUUCGCUUUAUCUCGGAGGCGUCUUGGGUUCUUGGUUCUCCAAGCCCGACAGUCCCUACCCGCACCUUUCGCAUCCUCCUCCGGCCAGCAGAGCCCCGACCGGGUGAGCGGGCAGGUGGGCAGGCUGGCCCUGGCUGCGGCAGGCAGGCGGCUGCGGCUACUGAGUUCUUUGGCUGAGUCUGCGCGGCCAGUCGGCGAGCAGAGUGCACGCUGCUUGGCGCCGCAGGCUGAUCCCUCCGCCUGCCCCCGGGAGCAGUAAUGUUAGGCAACUCUGCACCAGCGCCCGCGGCCCACGAGGCGAGUUCGGCGCUAACAUUGCAGCAGACUGCACUCCAAGAGGACCAGGAAAACAUCAACCCCGAGAAGGCGGCGCCAGCCCAGCAGCCCCGGACUAGGGCUGGGCUGGCGGUACUGAAGUCGGGGAAUUCGCGGGGUCCUGCGCCGCAGCAGAGGCCCAAGACGCGACGGGUUGCACCUCUUAAGGAUAUUCCUGUAAAUGAUGAGCAUGUCACUGUUCCUCCUUGGAAAGCAAACAGUAAACAGCCUGCAUUCACCAUUCAUGUGGAUGAAGCAGAAGAAAAGACUCAAAAAAGACCAAUUGAAUCUAAAAAAACUGAGCAUGCUGAUGCCCUGGCUUUUAAUUCAGCUGUUACUUUACCUGGACCAAGAAAACCACUGGUAUCUCUUGAUUAUCCAAUGGAUGGUAGUUUUGAGUCUCCACAUACUAUGGAUAUGUCAAUUAUACUAGAAGAUGAAAAACCAGUGAGUGUUAAUGAAGUACCUGACUACCAUGAAGACAUUCACACAUACCUUAGGGAAAUGGAGGUAAAAUGUAAGCCUAAAGUGGGUUACAUGAAGAAACAACCAGACAUCACUAACAGUAUGAGGGCUAUCCUUGUGGACUGGUUAGUUGAAGUAGGAGAAGAAUAUAAACUACAGAAUGAGACCCUGUACUUGGCUGUGAACUACAUCGAUAGGUUCCUUUCAUCGAUGUCUGUAUUGAGAGGAAAACUUCAGCUUGUGGGCACUGCUGCUAUGCUAUUAGCCUCAAAGUUUGAAGAAAUAUAUCCUCCAGAAGUAGCAGAAUUUGUGUACAUUACAGAUGACACCUAUACCAAGAAACAAGUUCUGAGAAUGGAGCAUCUAGUCUUGAAAGUCCUUGCUUUUGACUUAGCAGCACCAACAGUUAAUCAGUUUCUUACCCAAUACUUUCUCCACCAACAGCCUGCAAACUGCAAAGUUGAAAGUCUAGCAAUGUUUUUGGGAGAGUUAAGUUUGAUAGAUGCGGACCCAUACCUAAAGUAUUUGCCAUCAGUUAUUGCUGGAGCAGCCUUUCAUAUAGCACUCUACACAGUCACAGGACAAAGCUGGCCUGAGUCAUUAGCACGAAAGACUGGAUAUACCCUGGAAAGUCUUAAGCCUUGUCUCAUGGACCUUCACCAGACCUACCUCAGAGCACCACAGCAUGCACAACAGUCAAUAAGAGAAAAGUACAAAAAUUCAAAGUAUCAUGGUGUUUCUCUCCUCAACCCACCAGAAACACUAAAUGUGUAAAAGUGAAGAGACUGCCUUUGAUUUCUAAGAUGUAAAUCACUCAAAGUAUAUGGUGUACAGUUUUUAUCUUAGGUUUUAAUUUUACAAUCAUUUUCUGAAUACAGAAGUUGUCAAUUACAAAUUAUGCUAUCUAUUACCUUUUAUGGUCUUAAUUUGUAUAUCUUUUGUACAUGUAACUAUCUUAGAUGUUUGGCUAAUUUUAAGUGGUUUUAUUAAACAAAGUAUUAAUGAUGCCAGCUGUCAGAAUAAUGAGAAUUAAUAAAUUGAUCUGGAAAACUUGAUGAUUUGCAAGUCAAACUGAAAUUGAGAUUUUAAAAAUCUAUUUUAAGAUUCUCUGAAAAAACUUACCUCAGGUUACUACAAAAUGGGAAGUGAGGAGGCUUCUAAAAUUAAAGCCAUUUUAGGAAAACAGACCCUCAAGUCCUGACACUCAUUGUCCUAACCAAGCCAAUGUGCUGACUUUGGCAUAUGAACCAAUGUGACCAUAAGUGAA